AUGUUUGAUUUAAUACUUGAUUAUUGUCGAUCUUAUCAAAUAAUAGGACGCCCCGAAAAGGACUGCAAAGCCUUUGCCGAGACUUUCAUUUCAAAAGAUGUAAAGACUUUGAUUGAGUUAGGAACUACUGCUGUAAGUCUGGAAAUAACACCAUUGGUUGACUUGACUUGCAAAGAACUUGCUCAACAAACUAAAGGAAAAACUCCUAAAGAAGUUUCUAAACUAUUUCAUCUAAAUGAUGACCUUGACGAGGAGGAAAAUUUUGAUAAUAUCAAAAAUAUGACUGGUUAUUCACGGAUCCUACUUUUCAAGAAGUUUUCUGAAAUAAAGAAUCAAGAACUACGAGUGAGAAAGACAUUGAAGGUUGUGGAGAAACCAAAAGAUGAACGCUCGAUUAAUGAUUUACUUAAAUGUAUUAAUGGGCCAGAUUGUGGUACUUCAACAAUUAAGAAGAAAAAGAAGAUUAGGAGAAAGGAGGGAAAAACAAAAGAUAUUUCUUCAAAAAAUACAAUAGAAAAUAAUAACAAUAAUAAGACCUCUUCAAGUAAAUACAAUGAAGCAGAUUCUAAAGAUGAUUUCGAUCCAUUAAUGAAACACUCUAAAGGGGAUUCUGAAGAUGAUUUAGAUCCUUUAGUGAAGAAGGAAAUUGACAGAUCACGUAUAGCAGGUUCUGGCUUAACGAUGCAAUUUGGUUUGAUGGAAUCUCGCGGGUUGGCAUAUGGUACUUUUGGAGGUUAUGAAGAUGAAGCGAAAUGGCUUGUUGGAAGCAAAAUGAAGCUGACUUAG